AUGGGAGAAUACAACAACGAAGGAAUUAUAGUGGCAGGUGGAAAUGGAAUAGGGAAUCAACUCAAUCAAUUUAAUGUACUUAGUUUUAUCUUUGUUGAUGAAGAUCAAUCUGUUUAUGCAUCAGAUAGAGAUAAUCAUCGUGUGAUGAAAUGGAGAAAAGAUGCAAAAGAAGGAACAGUUGUGGCCGGAGGAAAUGGUGAAGGAGACAAUCUCAAUCAAUUGUCUAGACCUCAUGGAGUAGUUGUUGAUGAUUUGGGUCAAAUCUAUGUGGUAGAUACGUGGAAUCAUCGAGUAAUGCGUUGGUGCGAAGGCAAAAAAGAAGGUGAAAUUGUUGUUGGUGGAAAUGGUGAAGGAAGUCUAUCAAAUCUAUUAUAUCAACCCAGAGGUUUAUCUUUUGAUGAUGAAGACAAUCUUUAUGUUUCUGAUUAUGGAAAUCAUCGAAUUCAAAAAUUUGAAGUUAUUUUGUGA